GCUGAAGUGGCGCGCGGUCUCGGGCUGGACGGAGCGGUCAUGUCUGCGCAGGCGUGAUGGUCUGAGGCGGUCAGCGGCGGCCGAGCGUGGGAUGUUGCGCUGGACGGUGCACCUGGAGGGCGGCCCGCGGAGGGUCAACCACGCGGCGGUGGCGGUCGGACACAAGGUGUACUCCUUCGGAGGAUACUGCUCCGGAGAAGACUACGAGACCCUGAGACAGAUCGACGUGCACGUCUUCAACACCGUGUCUCUGCGCUGGACGAAGCUGCCGCCGGUGCGGACCGGAGGAAGGGAACACGCUCGGGAAGUGCCCUACAUGCGCUACGGACACACGGCGGUGCUGGUGGACGAGACGGUGCUGAUCUGGGGCGGGAGGAACGACACCGAGGGCGCGUGUAACGUAAUUUAUACCACAUCAGUUAAUAAUCAUCGCUGGUUCACUCCCAAGAUCUCCGGGACGGUCCCGGGCGCCAGAGACGGACACUCGGCCUGUGUUCUGGGGAAGGCCAUGUACAUCUUCGGUGGAUACGAGCAGCUGGCCGACUGUUUCUCCAACGAGAUCCACAAGCUGGACACCAGCAGCAUGUGCUGGUCACUAGUGAGCGCCCGGGGCACUCCGGCUCGAUGGAGAGACUUCCACUCUGCUACCAUCAUCGGCAGCAAGAUGUUUGUGUUUGGAGGAAGAGCGGAUCGAUUCGGUCCUUUCCACUCCAACAACGAGAUCUACUGCAAUAAAAUCAAGAUCUUCGACACGGAGACCAACUGCUGGCUAAACACACCGUCUACACAGCUGCUGCCCGAGGGACGCAGGAGCCAUUCGGCCUUUGCUUAUAAUGGAGAGUUGUAUGUAUUCGGUGGAUAUAAUGCUCGUCUGGAUCGACACUUCAGUGACCUCUGGAAGUUCAAUCCAGAGGCGUUCUCCUGGAAGAAGGUGGAGCCGAAGGGCAAAGGUCCGUGUCCCAGACGGAGACAGUGCUGCUGCAUGCUGGGAGACCGCAUCGUCCUCUUCGGAGGAACCAGUCCGUGUCCGGAGCAGGGGAUGGGCGACGAGUUCAACCUCAUGGACCACUCGGACCUGUACAUCCUGGACUUCAGUCCUAAUCUGAAGACUUUAUGCAAGCUAGCAGUUAUUCAGUACAGUCUGGAGCAGUCCGGACUCCCUCAUGACAUCAGGUGGGAGCUGACAGCUAUGACCACCAACAGUAACAUCAGCCGGCCCAUAUUCUCCUCCCACGGCUGACGGGCGUCAGAACCAGCGCCAGAACUCUUUCAGGACGUUCCGCUCCACAGAUUUCCACCCGUUUGGAUCCGGAUUGAAGUUUCUUGGUUGGAGAGGUCUUUCUCUGGGGGCUCUGGUGGACGAGCGGCGCUGUGCUUGUCUGAUUGUGCCACUGUUGAACUAGAUUCCUGCUGAGGAGAAACAGACCUUCACACUCUUAAAUCAGUCCAAUUAUUCAUCAGUGUUACAGUGUUUUAAUGAGGUUUUGGAGUGAAAUGAAGAUCGUUUAGCCUGUGAUCUGUCAGUUCUCUGCUUGUGUUCAGGUUUAUAUGCAGGACUCUUUCAUAUCGAAGGCAGAGGUCAUGUUCAGAGAAGAGGAGACGUGUCUGGAGUUCCUCUUCUUUUAACUCGACUGGUUUUCUGUUUACAUACAAUGCUUCUGACAAUAAAACCUGACUCAACAAUCAAUCGAAGGGAGAUAUUCCCUCUGCAUGUGUGCGUCCUGCUAAAUCACAUUCUGCAGAUCUGCUGGCUGACCGUAAAUACUUCAGACUGUCUCAGAUCUCAAAGAGUGGGCAAAAGGAAAUGAUGUUAUAAGGUUUUCAUAAGGUCACACCCAUCGGUGCGAAUCAACACCGAUCAAAUAAACUGCUUCAGGUGUUUUCCAGCAAACGGGGCUGAAUCUCAGGCCUGCGGUCAUGUCCAAUCUCUGCAGGUUCACAUCUCUCACACAGUUUAGAUUUCCAGAGAUCUAUUAAAAAUCUGUUUUUUAGCAUUGCUUUAAAUUUCAUCUGAAUCUUUACGGAUCUGCAGAAUAUUGAUAGAUAUGGAGGUGAAGCACAUGUGCGUCUGCGGGUGAUCAUGGCCUUUAUUUGAGUCCUGCGUCUCGUCCAGUGCCUGAUUUAUUGUUCAGAGCGUCAGGUCUGGAAUCGAAGUGCUCAAAGUCUUUUGGGUUUUAAAGGCUUCUGGUUCAGAUGCAUUUGAAGUGUUUUAUUCAAGAUUUUAUUGAUUGUAUCUGAAUAUCUGACAUUGAACUGUCAUAAUGAAUAUUGUGCAAACGGACCGCAUCAGAAAAUUCAGCCGUCCUCAUUAUAAACCAUGAUUUGAUUCUCGAAACAGAUGAAGCUCACGUCUUUGUCUGGAUCAGAUGUGUUUUCAUACGGAUCUGUGGCUCGUACAGACGGACGGUCAGCAGAAGAGAGAGAUGAUGGCGAAACAGUCAUGUUAUCUGUGUAGUGAACGAGAGGAAGAGACUUGUGUAUGCUCUGAUUGUCCAAGUCCUUCUCUAAAUGAGAGUAAAUGCUGGGGUUCGGAGGCUUUUUGAGUCGUGUUCAGCUGCUGGUGUGAAGGAAAGACUCUGAGCUUCAGACGUGAUUCCUGCACGAUGAAUCUUUUACACGAGUUACUCGACUUGUAAACGGGUUUUUAGUGGGAUCGUGAACUUCCUGAACAAUAAAUCUGAUGAUAAUUUUACUUAUUGUCUGCUUAAAUGUACAGUGUGAAAUGUUGGAAUGUGUGUGUGAUAUAAAAACACACUGAGAACUGUUUUCCUGAACACAGUUUUGAAAAGAUGUGAUUAAAUAAAAGAUAUUUUAAAAUGAA